AUGCGCGUCCGUGCCACCGAUCCCCGGCCCUGUCCGAAGUGUGGCAAGAUCUACCGUUCGGCUCACACGUUGCGUACCCAUCUGGAGGACAAGCACACGGUCUGUCCCGGGUAUCGGUGCGUGCUGUGCGGUACGGUUGCCAAAUCCCGCAACUCGCUCCAUUCGCACAUGUCCCGCCAGCACCGUGGCAUCUCGACCAAGGAUCUUCCGGUGCUGCCGAUGCCGAGCCCGUUCGAUCCGGAGCUGGCAUCCCGUUUGCUGGCCAAGGCGGGUGUGAAGAUUUCGCCGGCCGAAUUGCGUGCCCGUGCCUCGCCGACCGGCACGCGACGCAACGAUGGUAUGAAGCUGGAGCUACGAUCUGGGGAUGGUGGUGAAGAUUUUGACGAUCCGGAAGAUUUGACAAUGUCCCAGAGCAGUCACAGUGAAUCGCAGCGACGCUUCCACGAGAGCAUGAUGGGGAUGUCACCGACUGGUUUCAACCAUUUGAACUCAACCACUAUUACACGUGUACGACCAGGAGAAGGAACGCCCAAGCUCGGUUUGGAUGGACUGGGACGUGACGGUGGUAAUGGAAAUGGUGGACCUGGCAAUGGAGGCCCCGGUGGCAACGGGAACGGAGGCAACGGAAUGGGUGGAACGGAUCGCCACGGAGGUCCCGGCGGCCCAAUGAACCACAUGCAGUCGAAUACCCCGACCGGAUCGGCCAUUUUGGACACGUAUUUGCAAUUCAUUACCGAGAAUGCAUUUGGUAUGAGCGGUAUGACCCAAGAGCAGGCGGCCGCCGCAGCACUGCAGGCAGCGAAGAUUGCACACCUCAAAACGCUCGGUCACAAUCUCGAUCAGCUACCACCGGGCUUUCUGCCACCGCAGCUCGAUUUAGCCAAGCUGACCAGCAACAACAACCAGAACAAUCCGGACCUAUCGUCGCUGGCAAAGCUGCAGUCCUCGCCGAACGUGACGAUCGAACCGACCGGCACGGGGAACCGCGGCAACGAAACCGAUCGUCUCCUCCAAACGAGUAACCAUCAAAAGUUGCUAGCACUCGCCGCCAGCAGUGCCGGCGGUGGUAAUAACCCGGGCAACCACGGUUUAAACAACAACAACAGCAUACUGAACAGUGAUGCGAUCCGGCGUGGCGGUUCUUCCGAACCGAUGGAUCUCGGGCUGGAGGGUACCGGUGCGCACGACGACGACGGCAAUAGUUCGGCUGACGAACGGAACUAUUCGGACGAUGAGAGCAUCGCAACGCACUAG